AUGAAACUUAUUGAUGUUUUAAUCUUUUUAAUUUUCAAUUCUAUAUUAUGGAGUUUAAUUAAUUCUGUUAACGAGUUAAAUAGCUUUGUUGAGGAAAAUUCAAAGGAUUUAAGCAAAUUAUCAACUGAUGUGCCUGAAACAUCGGUUGCCACUCAAAAUCAAAAAUAUAAAGCAAGGUUAAAACCAAAAAUUAUAAAAGCAACUAAAACUCUAGAUAAUGAUGAAGAAAAGCUAAGGAGGAAAGAGUAUAUGAAAGAAUAUUACCAGAAAAAUAAAACAGCAAUACACGAAUAUCGUCGAAAUUAUCAACAAAAUAAUAAAGAUAUAUUAAAACAAAAGAGGAAAUCUGCAAACAAGAAAAUAUCUGACCGAAAAUACUAUCAGAAUAACAAGGAAAAGAAGAAAGAAUCUAUGAAAAAAUACUAUUUAAAAAAGAAAAAUGAAAAACAAAUUCAACAAAAUAUUAGAUCAAAAUUUAAAGACACGCAAUCUGGUGAUGAUGUUGGAACUUCUUGCAAUAAUGAAGACGUAGAAAAGUUAAAGAAAAAAGAAUAUCAUAAAAAUUAUCACCAAAAGAAUAAGGAAAAGAUCCGUGAAGAUUGUCAAAACUGGUACAUAAAUAAUAAAGAAAGGAAAAAUGAAUAUAGUAAAAAUUACUAUUUAAAAAGGAAAAAAGAAAAAGAGCUUUUAAACACUAAAUCUGAUGUUAAAGAAGACGGUUCAUUAGUUAAUGAUCAUUCUUGUGAAUGUGUGAAUAAUAAUUUGAAUGACUCAAUCAUAUACUCAUGUGAAAUGCCGAUUCUAAAACCAGUUGAUGGACAUCUUAAUCAACAAGCACAGAAGGAUUUGAUUGAUCUGAGUUUUUUGGAAGAUCCGGAUUUUUUGAACAAUCUAAAUUCAUGA